GGGCGCUGACGAGGCGAAAUGCACAGCCAUGCAAGACAGACGCGGGUCAGCGGGCAUGACAGACGGAGGCGCUGAUGGAUGUGGUGCAUUUAUGAGGGAGGCGGCCGCAGCAGAGACGCAGACUGUGACGGACGUGCUAGAGAGAGUGGGCGAGGAUCAAGUGCUCCAGAGGGCGCAUGGACUCGCAGGGAGGGAGGUGACGCGCAGCCAGGCGCGACGAGUGCAGAGAUGACGAUGUGGAUGGAGAAGAGAGGGCAUGUAUGUGACACAGGACGCAGUUCAUCGAUCGUUCAGGCGUGCGACACGGAGAGGAGAGACACGAUCCAGCCACGGAGCUCGAGUCCUAGAAGCCUCCCAGCGCACCCUCGUCAAAGCCGCCCGCGCUGAAGGCGCUCUCGCUGAACGAGGCGCGGGCGCGCCGCUUGCUGGUGCAGCCCUUCUUCUUCGGCUUGGCGCCCGGCCCGGGCGUCACGCUGGCGGAGCCGCCGCUGCCGCUGCCGCUGCACUCGUCGUCGUCGGCCGGCCACAGCAGCGGCGAGUUGUCGGCAGAGAGGGUCAUUUUGGCGCCGGCACUGGCGGCGCGGCGCGAGCGCAGCGCAGAGGGCCGGCUGCUGCUCGGCGUCAGGUGGCAUGCGGCCAGCACCGACGGCGGCAGCGCGUGCUCCGGCGACGGCGGGUGCGGCAGCGUGGCGGCGAGCGCAGAGACGUCUUGCUGCUGCUGUUGCUGCUGCUGUUGCUGCUGCUGCUGCUGCGACACGAGCAUCUUGUCGACGGCCGACGAGACACGUGCAGCGAUGUCGGCGGGCGUCAGGUCCGGGCUCGUGCAGCUGCUGCUGCCCCAGCCGCCCGACGGCGAGUCGGGCAGCGCGUCCGUCUCGUCGCUGCUGACGCCGCUCCACGGGUCCGCGCUCGAGCAGCGCGACGACAUGGGCGACGAGUCGAGCAGGAAGAGCGGCAUGGCACUGCUGCUGCUGCUCGUCGGCGGCGAGCAGACGCUGCCGAAGGGCGACAGCACGGCGUCGGAGGUGCUCGCGCUCGGUGCCUCGGCCGGCGCAUCGAUGCUGACUGCGAGCGCCUCGACGGCGCUGCUGAGCUCCGCGGCGGGCGCGGCAGACGAGACAGCCGUGGGCAGCGGCGGCGACGCAAUGUGUGGCGACGAGGGCUGCGGCGACGAGGAGCGCGACUCGCGCGGGCUCUCGCGCGGGCUUCUCCGAGGCGAACCGCGCGGCGAGCCGCGGGGGCUGGCGGCGCUGCGGCGCGACUUGGUCGAGCCGGCGAGCAGGAUGGAGCGGCGCAGUGCCUCGCCCUCGUCGUCGGCGACGGCGUGGACGUCGGCGAUGCGCGAGCCGCUCGGCGAGGCGGAGCGCAGUGGCGACAGGACCGCGGCGCCGCGAGCGGGCUUGCUGCCCUCGUCGUCGCCGUCGCUGCCUUCGUCGGCCGCGACGGCAAAGUAGUCCUGCACGUUCUCCCAGCGGCAGCGCACCGACGGGCUCUGCCGCGGCGUCGCGUCGGGGCUCUUCGUGCGCGGGCGCAGCGCGGCAAAGGGAUCCGGCUUGCGGCUCUUGGGCGCGGCCGUCGAGUCGCCGUCGUCGUCGUCGGCAUCGUCGAGGCCGGCCGACUCGUCGAGCGAGUCGUCCUCGGCGCUCGAGGCGUACAGCGACGCGCCGCCGGCCUUUGCGCCGAGGCCGCCAAAGGAGCGCACGCCGUGCACGGGCAGGCUGCAGCCGUUGGGCUCCGUCGGCUCGCCGGCGCGCGGCACCGUCGACUCGUGCACGGCCGAGCCAAUGACGGUGCCGUUCUUGAGGCUGGCCCAGCGCGCCUUGCCGCGGCGCGCGCACUCGUCGCUCUCGGGCCCGCUGGCCUCGCUCUCCUCGUCGUCGCGCCCGUACGUGACGCUGUGCUUGAGGCUGAGGUCGUGCUCGCUGCCGUUGCGCGUGCACUCGAUGGGCGUGCGGUCGUAGUGGCGCCCGCUGUGCGUCAGGCCGUGCUCCGGCGGCGAGUCGUCGAAGCGCACCGAGCGCGGCGGUGCGGCGGCGCUGAAGGAGCGCGGCGCUGCAAAGGAGCACAUGGGCGCCACACGCGGGCGCCCGACGCUAACGCUGGUCAGCGCCGCCAGCGCCACCGUCGGCGCCGCCUCGUGCACGCCCGCGCCGCUGCUCGACGGCGGCGGCGCCGAGGCGUUGCGCUUCAGACACGGCGCGCGCAGCACGCACGCGCCGCGCACGACGGGCGGCAGGCGCGGCGCCACGGGCGUGCCGCACUCGGAGUCCGUCGAGCUGGCACUCGAGGUGCUGAUGGUGCGCACGCGCCCGCUGCGCAGCGGCUCCAUGGAGGAGGAGGACGCGUCGGACGCGUCGGACGACAUGGCAGGGAAAAGGGUCGGUGCGGCGGUGACUGGAUGUAGACUAGCUCGUCACGCCAGUAGAGAAGGAGGAGCGACGCGGCGACGAGGGCGUGCGGCGGAGGAGCGGGCGGAGA